CAGCAACACUGCUGUGCCUGAUUAAUUGCUUGAUUCUGUCUGCACACCCCCCUCGCAAGAUUGCAGGACAGAAUAUUACACAUCAUGAGUUCACCACUUCGUCCCAGCAAUUCGGCCGCAAACCGUGGUCUAGGCAACUUGAAUCGACGAAAGAGAUCGAGAGAACCCGAUGAUGAAGCUUCCUCGGUUGCCGUUCCUUCGAGUCCCAUCCCUUCUUCACCUCCUAUGAUCCCCUUUGAUGAAGAUGAUGACAACGAAAGAGAUGAGGAGGCUGAGCUCUUGGGCGACAUUGAUGAUAUUGAGGAGAUGGCAGAAGACGAAGAUGGAAUUGAUUUGUUCGGAGACAGCUUUGAGAGAGAUUACCGGGAUGCCGCAAACGACCGCUACCAAGGAGAAUACAUCGACGAUGAUGGCGACCAAGAAGAAGUUGAUUUGGGAAGCCGUCGACAGCUGGAAGCUCGGAUGAACAGAAGAGAUCGCGAGCUUGAACGCCGCCGCCGCAUGCCUGCAGCUUUCUUGCAAGAUGAAGAUGAUGACGGCAAUGUGGAUCUUACCCGCCAGCCCCGUCGACGAAGACACCACUACGAUGAGGACCGCGAGGAUGUUGAGAUGGGUGACGAUGCCAUGGAAGAGCUCUCAAUGGAGGAAUUGACAGAUGUCAAGGCAUCCAACAUCACGGAUUGGAUUCUGCAACCUCAGGUUCUUCGCACGAUCUACCGAGAAUUCAAGGCUUUCCUGACUGAGUUCACCGACUCGGCUGGUAGCUCAGUUUACGGUAACAAGAUUAAGACCCUUGGUGAGGUUAACUCGGCAUCACUCGAAGUCUCCUAUGUUCAUUUGAGCAAUACCAGAGCCGCUCUUUCUUACUUCCUUGCAAACGAGCCCACUGAAGUUCUGAAGGUCUUCGACCAAGUCGCUCUCGAUGUGACCCUGUUCCACUACCCCCAAUACCACGAUAUCCACAACGAGAUCCACGUCCGCAUCACCGAUCUUCCCAUUGUGUACACACUGCGCCAAUUGCGACAGGCGCAUCUCAACUGUCUCGUCCGUGUCAGCGGUGUGGUCACACGCCGCAGUGGUGUGUUCCCACAGCUGAAAUAUGUCAUGUUCAUCUGCCAGAAGUGUAACAUUACUUUGGGUCCCUUCCAGCAAGAAGCCAGUGCGGAAGUGAAGAUCUCUUACUGUCAGAACUGUCAGUCCAAGGGACCUUUCACUGUGAACUCUGAGAAGACAGUUUACCGGAACUACCAGAAGUUGACCUUGCAAGAGUCUCCUGGCUCAGUGCCUGCCGGUCGACUUCCCCGUCAGCGAGAGAUCGUUCUUCUUGCCGACCUCAUUGAUACGGCCAAGCCUGGUGAUGAGGUUGAAAUCACUGGUAUCUACCGUAAUAGCUACGAUGCUCAACUCAACAACAAGAACGGAUUCCCCGUGUUUGCUACGAUUAUCGAGGCCAAUCACGUUGUCAAGUCUCACGAUCAGCUGGCUGGUUUCCAGUUGACAGAAGAAGAUGAACGCGAAAUCCGAGCUUUGUCUAGGGACCCCGAGGUUGUCGAUAAGAUCAUCCGCUCUAUGGCACCGAGUAUUUACGGCCAUCUGGAUGUCAAGACUGCCGUUGCUCUCUCUCUCUUUGGUGGUGUUAGCAAGGUGGCUCAAGGCAAGAUGUCUAUUCGUGGAGAUAUCAACGUUCUUCUGCUUGGUGACCCUGGUACUGCCAAGUCCCAAGUUUUGAAGUAUGUCGAGAAAACCGCCCACCGAGCCGUAUUUGCCACUGGUCAAGGUGCCAGUGCUGUCGGUUUGACGGCCAGUGUCCGCCGUGAUCCCUUGACCAGCGAGUGGACGCUUGAGGGAGGUGCCUUGGUCCUGGCUGACCGGGGAACCUGUCUAAUUGAUGAAUUCGACAAGAUGAACGACCAAGAUCGGACUUCGAUUCACGAAGCUAUGGAACAGCAAACAAUCUCCAUUUCCAAGGCCGGUAUUGUCACAACACUGCAGGCCAGAUGUGCGGUGGUCGCUGCCGCCAACCCCAUCGGUGGACGAUACAACAGCUCGGCUCCUUUCUCGCAUAACGUCGAGCUUACCGAGCCCAUUCUGUCUCGUUUCGAUAUUCUCUGCGUCGUCCGUGACAUGGUGGAACCAAGUGAGGACGAGCGCCUGGCCAGCUUCGUUGUCGAGUCUCAUCACCGUGCCAACCCCCCUCGGCCCCAGAAGGAUGAACAUGGCAACCUGAUCGACGCAGAUGGAAACAUCAUUGACGAAGAAGGAUACCGCAUUAACAAGCACGGCGAACGUCUUCCCCUUCGACCCGACGAGAUCGAGAAGCGCGAGGCGGCCAAGCGGAAAGAAGAAGAAGAAAAAGAGGGCGAGAUUCCACAGGAAUUACUGCGGAAAUACAUCCUCUACGCCCGUGAACGAUGCCACCCAAAGCUCUACCAAAUCGACCAAGACAAGAUUGCCCGACUCUUCGCCGAUAUGAGAAGGGAAUCACUAGCAACUGGCGCAUAUCCCAUUACAGUCCGUCACUUGGAAGCCAUCAUGCGUAUUGCCGAAUCCUUCUGCAAGAUGCGACUCUCAGAAUACUGUUCCGCACAAGAUAUCGACCGCGCCAUUGCCGUCACAGUCGACUCCUUCAUUGGCAGCCAAAAGGUCAGCUGCAAGAAGGCUCUUUCUCGAGCAUUUGCCAAAUAUACCCUCUCCAGACCCAAGCCCCAAUCCCGACGCAAGGCCGGAGUGCCAGCACCAAACCCCUACGCCCCUCGUGGACAAUCAACACGACCACGAUAAAUCAACGAGUCUCACUCAUGUCAUGUCCUGCAUUUACCUUCACCUUCAUGAUAAACCAAUUAAUACAUUUCUCUCGUGCAUGUUGUUUACCUUUUUUUUCUUCGUCUUUUGCAAUGAAGCUUCUCGGUUCUGAGUCUUUAUGGGGUUUUGAUUGGUUUGGUAUGGGGUUUUCCUUAUCUGAUUGGGUUUUUUGUCAUAUAUUGUUCCAGAUACUCCGUAUACAUGGGUGAUAUGUCAUCACUGUCUGUAUUACUUGAAAUGUCGAUGAUGAUCUAUUGAGAUAAUCAGCAUUUACAUAGGCAAUUAUCACGUGGCGUGUAGUAUAUAAACUUGAUAGGCUAUAUAAAGUGAACGGGUCAAAACGUUGCAAAUCACUGAUCAGAUCGC